GAAUCUUUAUGUUGGUAAUUCUGACAUUACACAUUUAGGCUCGUGAUUGGAUAUUAAAAGCGGUUGACGACUUGGAAAUUGGAAGCCGACGAAAUGAUCACAUUGAAUAAAAACUUGGUGAAAAUAUGAAUUUACUUUCGGAGAGUUAUUUAUAAUGAAUGAAUAAGGAAGAAACAGCUAGUGUCUGCAAAUAUCGAACAUGCUGUCCAGACUACUUCGCCAGUUUCUGUUUUUCCUGGUACACUUUAUUGUGAAUAUACUUGUUGCUGUUCAGAAAAUAUAUUACCGAUUAUGUGAUAAAAAGUCCAUCUUACCUGAUAAUCAAGUAACGAAGAGAGAAGUGUUAAUAUUAUUGAAUAGUGUGCCAAAAAUGAAGAAGAAACUGGAACAUUUAGUGGUAUUGGCAGAUACAAAUGUUCAUUCCAUGAGUGACUUGGCACUGCUGGUUAUCUGGAGUCUUAUUUUAGGAAUUCCCUUCGUCAGUUUCCACGACAUAACAGGUCGAUUAAAGAAACACGAGGAAGACUUAUUCAUGGAAAUAGAAAGUAAAAAGAAAGGUGUCCCAGGCUGCAUUAAGUGGUCAAAUAAGCCAGAUUUAAAUGGUUAUACAAAUGGCACCCGCGCAAACACAGUUCAUAUUAAUAUAUUUUCACAAAGUGAUGGGAGGCCGAAAAUAGCAAAGUGUGUAAAACUUUUAGCCAAAGGUGAUUUGAAAAUUAGAGAGAGUUCUGAGGAAUACACAGCGCAAGAAUUUAAUGAAUCCCUCAUACAUUUAUACCCUUCUAUACCUGAUCCAGAAUUAGUCUUGUACACAGGACCUCUCUGCUCAACUUUUGGUCUUUUACCGUGGCACAUAAGACUUACAGAAUUUAUACAAUUGUCUGUUAACCAUAAUGUUAACAUUAACAGCUAUCUAGGGGCUAUGUAUAAGUAUAAUAAAUGUGAUCAAAGAUUUGGCAAAUAACUUUAAUAAUAAUUAGAAAUAAGACAGUAAAUUGUUAUGUACAUUUAUUUAGAGGUUGUAUCUGUACAUUGCUUAAAACAUAAACGACUUGAAACCUUUCCACUAUAAUAUAUGUAUAUUACAGUAACUUAAAAUAAGAUUUUGGAAAUCUUUAUUCCACUUGACCUGCUGGAUAGAAUUGAGAGUUAUUAAUUAUUUGAUAAUUAAUUGUUUAGUAAUUAAUUAAUAAUUUUAUAAUAAUCUAGUCCAUAGCACAGAGAUUCAAUAAAUACAUUGUUUUU